GUAAUUUAGGGCCAAACGCUGGGCGCUAUUUGGUUUUUCCAAAAAAGUAUCCCUAAAUUAACCUUGAGGGAUUCCUUAGGUUGGGGACUUCCUGAAUUCGGUUUCGUCGAGCAUUGCGGUACUGAAAGUCUUUGGCACGAGACAUUAAGAAAGUCACUGCUUAAAGCAGAUGUUGCUGAAUUAAUUUAUAUAGACCGUAUUACUUCAUGAACUCUUCAGCUGCAAUGAGAACUCAAUAGUACAUUUUUAGAUUACCUGCUCCCCACAGUUUGCCAAAUCAAAUAAUUAACUUCGCAAGGAUACUAUAGAGUCAAUUUUCUUCAUAGGACGAUUACUUUGUUAUCUGAACUAUUACCUGAAUAUAUUCUGUUUGGUCAACCAGUAAGAUGCUCCGCUACUGGGGUGAGAUCCCUGUUUCCUCCAGUCAGACCAACCGCAGCUCUUUUGACUUGCUUCAGCGGGAGUUCCGUACUGUAGAGGUCCAGGAUCCUCCAUUGCAUCAACCUUCAGCUAACAAGCCUAAGCCCAUAACCAUACUCGAUCUUCCUUCAGAGCCCUGUAGUCUCACCAUUCAUACUGUCCAGCUAAUCCAGCAUAAUAGGAAGUUGCGUAGUCUUAUUGCCACGGCUCAGACUCAGAACCAACAGCAAUUGGAGGGUAUCAAGAUGGAAGGAAGUGAGCCUUUGCCAACUUGUCCUGGGUCCCCACCUCUCCCUGAUGACUUGCUUACUUUGGAUAGUAAAACACCCAAGAUGCCAUUCCAGUUGAGGCACAGUGAUCCAGAAAGUGACUUUUAUAGAGGCAAAGGAGAGCCAGUAAUAGAGUUGAGUUGGACCUCUUGCCGCCAGCUUCUUUAUCAGUCUAUAGCUACCAUUUUAGCUCACACUGGCUUUGAAUGUGCCCAUGAAAGUGUUCUGGAGACUCUGACAGACAUUGCCCAUGAAUACUGCUUGAAGUUCGCCAAACUUCUGCGUUGUGCUGUGGACAGAGAAGCUCGGCUUGGACAGACCCCUUUCCCAGAUGUUAUGGAACAAGUCUUCCAUGAAGUGGGCAUUGGCAGUGUGCUCUCUCUGCAGAGGUUUUGGCAACAUCGAAUUAAAGACUAUCAUAGCUAUAUGCUGCAGGUUAGCAAGCAACUCUCUGAGGAGUAUGAAAAGCUUGUAAACCCUGAGAAGGCAGCGGAAGAUUUGAAACCUAUGAAAAUCAAGGAAGAACCUGUUAGUGACAUCACAUUUCCUAUGAGUGAGGAGCUGGAGGGUGAUCUUGCAUCUGGAGACCAGUCAUUGCCUGUUGGAGUCCUUGGAGCUCAGAGUGAACGCUUUUCAUCCAACUUGGAAGCUGAGGCCUCUCCGCAAACUUCUGGUGGUGAGGUGAACACUUCUCCUCUUUGGAACUUGGCCCCAGUAAAAAUGGAACCACAAGAGAAUGAGGAAAGUAAUGUUCAUGGACACCAUGGAGUCUUAGGUGGUGAUGUGUUUGAAGAGCCAAUGUCAGGCAUGAGUGAAGCUGGGAUGCCACAGAGCCCAAAUGGUUCUGAAAGCAGUUAUGGUUCUCAUUCCCCUGAUAGUUUGAUGAGCUCUUCACCAGUCUUCAACCAACGCAGCAAAAAGAAGAUGAAGAAGAUGUGAAUUAUAGCUAGGAAGUUCUGAGAAUGUGGAUUACUGUGUUUCCCCAAAAGUAAAGCUGCCCCCGAAAGUAUGCCCCAGCUGAUUUUUUGGGGGGUGGGCCUAAUAUAUGCCCUCCCCCCGAAAUUAAGCCCUACUUAAGGGCUUGCAUGGAUAGCCUACCUCUGUGAUGAGGCGAAGCUGAUGGAGGGGGAAUCUGACCCACAGUACCAGUAUCCCAAUUGCUUACUGCUGCCCAGCACUGAGCACAACAAGCGAUGCAGCAGAUGGCCAGUUUCAGCAUGAUGCAGCCGUUUGCUGCCAUCUGUGGUCAUUUGCUGCCUCUGGUGUGCCCAGUGCCGUUGCCAUGAGGCCUGGUAGAUCUUCCCCACUUCUGACCCACGUGCUGUUAUACUGGUUCCUUACCGCCACCUGGCUUGUUCCACGGCCUCAUGGUAGUGGCAUUGGCAGGAGGUAGCAAAUGGCCUUUUUUUUUUUUUUUUACUGGUAGUCCCACAAACGUGGCGAAGGCUGAGAAGGGAAUGGAGAAAUGUAAUGCAGCUGAAAGGCAGGUUAGUAAAAAAAAUGCUUGGGGGAGGUGAGGGCAUCUGGGCAGGGGCGGCAACCUUACUCUGCGCAACUUCAGCAGGCAGAGGGAAGCAACUUCACCCCCCCCCCCACAUGGCAACCUUAUCCUGCACGGCUUUGGCAGGUCUCUGGCAGGCGGAGGGACGCAACUGGUCCGCCACCAUGCUCUUGCUGCCGUGUUGCUUCUCCACUCCAUGCACAGGCCCUGCCUCAUCCCCGCGUGCUCGAGGCCUACUGGUACCAGUACCAGCAAUAAGUAAGCCCUCCCCGAAGGUAAAACCUAGUCCUUACUUCAGAGCCCAAAAGAAAGUAAGAUAGGGUCUUACUUUCGGGGAAACACAGUAAUUCAGCAACAUUUAGACAGUUAUCAAGGAAAUAAUGCCUGAAUUGAUGGAUUUUGCAUGUUGUGAUUACUGUUCUACCUGAGAGACUUUCCACCAGCUGAAGGUCUAGAUGGCUUACAAUGGAGCAAACACCAUACAGUAACAUUAGUUUGGCAAAAAAAUAAUAAUGUGUAAGUGACUUUCGGUGAAAAAAGAAAUCAACUCUGAUUUACAACAUCGAAUCUUGUAAACCAGUGUAGUUUCUGGUUAGUUAGAUUUUAAGUAGUUUAAGUAGUGGUGCAAAUUGCAUUAGAUAAUAAUUUAAUAAAUAUUGACAGUAUCUUUAAUUUGAAGUGUGGAAACUGUGGAAGAGGCAUGAGAACUGUAUGACAUUGUAAUGGAAAUCAGUAAAUUCCAUUUCACUUUUGUUAUAUAUUAUACUUUUCAUUUUUUUACUCUGAAUUUAUACUUUGAAGAACAGAUUUUUAAUACAGAAAUUUUGUUCCAAUAUAAUUACUAUUACCGUUGGUUUUUGCUUAAAACCAUGGCUGAUAAUCUGUUUUUCAUUUUAACAAACCAACUCACCAUAUAUAAAGCUAAUAGAAACUGGUGAAUUUUAUGUAUUUAUGGUUUUUAUGUUAUUUUAUGUUUUUAAUAUUUUUAUAUUUUGAUGUACAGUACAUAGAUUGCUUUGGCCUAAGAUUGGUGCAGCAAACAAGCUUUAUUAAAUGAAACAUUUUUUUUAAAAAAAUGCAUAAUUUUAUUUUCUUUAUGGUAGUCCAGAAGGCCAAUUUACUCAGAAAAAUCAUCCAGCUCUGCAUACAAAUCUCUUAUGACUGAUUUCUUAAUCUUUUUUGUACCUACGUUCUGAGUAUACUGUUGAACCUAACUUGAAUGCAACUGAGAGUAAACUUUGAAAGACAGGACAUCUACAAAACUGUGCUUUUUGUUAAUUUAUUGUAUCAUGCUAUAUUAUUCCUUUACCAGUUUUUGUUUGUAUUGUUAAUGUUCAGUGUAAAUCUAGAUGGACACUUUAUUGAUCUGUGGAGAGUUUGUAUGAUACAUGUUUUUAAUUGUUGAUUUUUUUACCUACUCUUGGACAUGGUUUUUUAAAAUAAAUUUUCCCUUUCUUGACCAUC